AAAAAUGAUGCAACCAACUCAGUCCGAUAGCUCAAAGUCGCGCAAAUUACGCAAUGCCAAUGCCCACGGCACCGCUCGCCGUAAGCCGCCGCCGCCCGAACCUCUCCCUCCUCGCCGACCGCUGCGCCACCACGCGCGCGCUGGCCCGCGUCCACGCGGCCAUGCUCGUCUCCGGCCGCCUCGCCGAGGACACCUUCGCCGCGUCCCGCCUCCUGGCCGCCUACGCCGCGCUCUCCCCGGACCCCGCCGCCGCCGCGCUCGCGCUCCUCUCCUCCCUCCCCAUCGCGCCCAACUCGUUCAUGCUCAACACCACCCUCCGCGCGCUCGCCUCCUCCCCGGACCCCGCCGCCGCCUUCCCGUUCUUCUCCCGCCUCCGCGCCACCGGCGCACUCGCCGCGCCCGGCCGGCACACGUUCCCCUUCCUCCUCAAGGCCGCCGCGCACCUCCCGCUCCCGCUCCCCGUCGCCGCGCAACUCCACGCGCUCGCCGUCCGGCACGGCGUCCACCUCGACACCUACGUCGCCAACGGCCUCGUCCGGGCCUACUCCGUGGCCGGCCGCCUCCGAGCCGCGCGCAGGGUGUUCGACGAGGUGCCCGAGCGGAACGCGAACCUGUACACCACGCUCGUCUCCGCGUGCACGCAGAACGGGCGGCACGAGGACGCCAUGGCGGGGUUCGACGAGAUGGUCCGCGAGGGGUUCGAGCCCGGCGGCGCCGCGCUGUCGUCCGUGCUGUCCGCGUGCGCGCGGUCCGCGUCGGGCGGGCUCGAGAUGGGCCGCCGUGUGCACGACCUCAUCGCGGCGCGGCGCGGCGGCGCAGAAGGGGCCAUCCUCGGCACGGCGCUCGUCGACAUGUACGCCAAGAACGGUGCGAUCCGGGAGGCGGUAGAGGUGUUCGACGGGAUGCCGGAGCGCGUGCCGGCGACGUGGAACGCCCUGAUCUCGGGGCUGGCGCACCACGGCCACGGCGAGCGCGCGCUGGGCGUAUUCCGGCGGAUGCGGCGGGAGGGCGUGCUGCCGAACGCGACCACGCUCGUCGGGGCCCUCUCCGCGUGCUGCCACGCCGGGCUGCUGGAUGAGGCCCGCCGGCUGUUCAGGUCCAUGGAGGAGGAGUUCGGGAUCGCUCCAGGCAUCCAGCACUGCGGGUGCAUGGUCGACCUGCUCGGCCGGGCGGGGCUCCUGUCGGAAGCCGAGGAGAUGAUACGGAGAAUGAAAUGCAAGGCGGACACCGUGAUCUGGGGGGCACUUCUGACGGCCUGCAAGAACCAUGGUGACAUCGAGAUCGCUGAACGGGUGGUGAUGGAGAUGUUGAAACUCGAUCCUAGCAACCAUGGUGUUUAUGUUGUGCUGUCAAACUUGUAUGCGGAAGCUGGGAGGUGGCAGGACGUGGACAAGCUGAGGAAGGUGAUGAAGGGGGCACGGCUGUCAAAGAUCCCUGGGGCUAGCACAGUUGGUGGCUCGCCGGAGCAACCAGAGCCAUCACCACCACUAGAGAAGGUGCUGGUCUAGUUGCACUGGCUGGUGGCUUUGUGUCCAUGAAGUGAACUACAGAUCUGCUGCAAGUUUGUGACGCUCCUCAGCUACGAGAGUGGAAUAGAUGGACCAAAUGCACCU